CUCAGAGAGUUUCAAUAUUUAUCAGAGUCCACAAGCUAUACUGAUCAUCUUUGGAAGGCCUCUCUACAAAGAUGGAAGGCAUCAAGAACACAAGGUAUGCAGUGGUUACCGGUGCAAACAAGGGAAUAGGAUUUGAGAUCACUAAACAGUUAGCUUGUGAAGGUGUAACUGUCAUUUUAACUGCUAGAGAUGAGAAGAGGGGUAUGGAGGCUGCAGCAUCACUAGUUAACUCUGGAUUGCCACAUGUGGUGUUCCACCGGCUUGAUGUUCGAGAUCCGGCGAGCACGGUGGCAUUAGCUGAAUUCGUGCUAAUCCAAUUUGGGAGGCUUGAUAUCUUGGUAAAUAAUGCUGGAGCAACUGGAAUCAUUAUGGAUGUGGGUGGCCUGAAAGCCUUAAAUAUUGAUCCUACAACAUGGCUCUCUGGCAAGGCAGCCAAGUUGGUGGAAGGAGUAAGUCAACAAACUAGUGAAAAGGCAGAAGAAUGCUUAGACACUAAUUACUACGGCUGCAAAAGAGUCACAGAAUCACUUAUCCCGCUUCUAAAGCUUUCAAGAUCAGGAGGAAGGAUUGUAAAUGUGUCUUCCCUCAGGGGAGAGUUCAGGAGAAUUCCUAAUGAACAGAUACGAAAUGAGCUAGGGAACAUUGACACUCUAACAGAAGAGAAAUUGGAUGGAAUACUACAAAGAUUCAUACAAGAUUUUAAGCAAAAUGCAAUUGAGGCUAAUGGAUGGUCCAUUAUGUUGCCUGCUUAUAGCAUCUCAAAGGCCACAAUUAAUGGCUAUACAAGGAUUCUGGCACAGAGGUACCCAGAAAUGUGCAUAAACUGUGUCCAUCCAGGCUAUGUCAACACUGAUUUGAAUUGGCAUACAGGAACAAUGACUCUGGAAGAAGGAGCUAAAGGUCCAGUCAUGUUAGCUUUGCUACCCAAUGGAGGCCCUUCAGGUUGCUAUUUUGAUCAGACAGAAAUGUCAGAUUUCUGAUGAUUAUUAGGCUUUUGAAGUUCUUCACGUAAUUCACACUUUACAGUAUGGUUGGUAGGGGUGAUUCUCUUCAUUCUAUAAUGUAUGAUGCACAUUAUUUUUUCGAAAUAUGUAUUGGCCACUUAGAGGGUGGACCUUGUCGCAAGAGUAAGGUUGCUUCAAUAUUAUGAUUUAAUGGUUGUGGGUUCGAAUAAAAAAAUAG